UGCAGACCUCAUUGGGUCACUCAUUCCUGGAAUUGAAAAAGCAUUAAAUGACAAAUCAUCUACCUCAAUUUUGAAGCCCUGAUAUUCUUGUUCGUUAUGAUACCUCAAUUAUACUAGUGAUACCUCAAUUAAUGCAUGUGAUUUACAAUUUUUCCUCCUGCGGAAAUGGAUGGAAAUUAUAGGUCAGGCACAUCAAAAUGUUGAAGCAGGGCUUACAUUCUUAACCUUAUUGGCUUUUCUGUGCAAAAUACACGUGCAAGUGCAUCUACUGCAGCGGUACAUACCUGGUCUGUGGAUGCCAACCAGUUCAUUGCUGAUGGAGAGGAUGCCACUUAUAGCAGCCGCAUUUCUGAACGGAAGCGCUAGGUUAGCAAAACGCUAAACCUAAUUGAUAAAGACAAGCCGCAAGCAUAAACUUGUCAAGAUAGGGUUUCGGAGUCCACCGAAAAUUGAGAAAAAAAGAUUGAAAAAUCCUCAGAUAUUUGAGGGUCUACCAACGUUCUUUCCCAAAGUGCCCCAGAGUCUUCACACAAAUUUCUGGAUGCCUCAACUAGGAUUGUCAAGCUUAUCUUAUCCUUCCUCGUCAUGUUUAUUCCCUCCUUCCUUCGCGUGAAACGUAUGCUGUAUUAAUAUUGUCAUGGUAUGCACCCAAUGGUCCCAAUUUGUAACAUUAGAAAAAGUUUUUGCUUUUGCUUCAAUCAUUUCAUGGAACUUACCUUUUCUAAGUUCUAAAGUCAGUACUAUAACAACUAUUUGAGACACAGGUAUGUGAUAUUGAUUUCAGUUUUCUUAAUUCUUAUGGGCUGAUAUACAUGCUUAAAAUUUAUAUCUCCAUUUUCAAUAUCUGAGUUAUAUUUUGCACUGAGAUAUAUAUAUAUAGAAGUGCUUACUUAUUAUUUUUUGUAGUGUAAACUGUUUCUUUUAUGUUGAAAUGUUACAGAAUUUAUUGCAGUAACAAAUAAGAUGGCUAUAUUGCAUGUUGCUUUUACUUAUUUUUAUGUUUAAACAACUAGUUUUUUGAAAACUGUUAGCUUUAUUGUCGGUCUAGAAAUUCAUGAAGGAGCAUAAGAAUCAUAAGGUUCGUAGUGAGGGAAUUUUGUGGAUGGUUUCUGCUGUUGAGGAUUUUGGUGUAUCACAUUUAAAGCUUAAGGAUUUAAUUGAUUUUGUUAAAGAAAUUGGUCUGCAGUCAAGUGCAGCUGCUACUAGAAAUGCAUCAAUUAAACUCUUGGGUGUUCUGCAUAAAUUUGUUGUUCCAGGGAGCAUCUACAGUGCCCAGAAAACUGUCAGGGUAUCAGAUUCAUCCUCAUCCGUUGUGGCUGGUGGGCUGGAUAGCUUGCAUCGUGAAGAUAUUAGUGGAAAGGUUACUCCGACUCCCUUGAAGAGUUUCGAAAGCUCUGAUUGGAAGGUUCGCAUGGAGUCUGUUGAUGCUGUAAACAAAAUACUGGAAGAAGCUAAUAAUAAUAAGUGCAUUCAAUCAAUUGGAACUGGUGAUUUAUUUGGCGCUCCCAGGGGACGACUCAAUGAUAGCAACAAAAACCAAGUCAUGGCUACCUUGACAACAAUUGGUAAUGUUGCAUCUGCAAUGCGUCAAGCUGUUGAGAAGUCAAGCAAAGGCAUAUUGAAAUGUUUUGGGGACAACAGGAAGCACAUGAGAGCAACUUUCUGGGUUAAAGUAGUUUUGCUGAAGCUGCUACUGCUGAAGCUAGCCUCUUCUGCAAUGGAUAAAUCCUCUGAUGUUCGCAAGGCCACAAAGACUUAUAUUAAUGAGAUACUUAGAGUUAGUGAGCAUGACAUGACUGAAAAGAUUGUCAAGACAUUCAUGGAUCAGCACUGGCACUUGUUCUUGAGAAGAUAAAACCAUAUGGAGCUUUUCAAGGUGCCUAUACCUCAUUGGGUCACUCAUUCCUGGAAUUGAAAAAGCAUUAAAUGACAAAUCAUCUACCUCAAUUUUGAAGCCCUGAUAUUCUUGUUCGUUAUGAUCGAACUCUUCUUGGUGGUCGUAGUACUCGUGCUAGGUUCCAGAAAUCUUACCGUUAAAUUGUUUUUG